AAUUCGUUAAGAGGAUUUAUUCAUUAAAAAAUGCCGCAAAACGAAUAUAUUGAAGAAUCCAUUAAAAAACAUGGACGAAGAUUGGAUUACGAAGAGCGCAACUUUUGCACAAAAAGUUCAUGGUAUAAGAGCAAAAUUAUAUAAUAAGAAGCGACAUGCAGAAAAGAUAGAAAUGAAGAAGAAGAUAAAACAACAUCAAGAGAAAUCAACUAAACAAAAAGAUGAUCAAGCAGUACCUGAAGGAGCAAUACCAGCAUAUUUAUUAGAUCGUGAAGGACAAAAAAGAGCCAAAAUAUUGUCAAAUAUGAUAAAACAAAAACGUAAAGAAAAAGCUGGCAAAUGGAAUGUACCCUUACCUAAAGUUAGGGGCAUCGCUGAAGAUGAAAUGUUUAAAGUUGUUAAAACUGGAAAAAAUAGAACCAAACAAUGGAAACGUAUGAUCACAAAAGCGACUUUUGUUGGAGAUGGUUUUACUCGUAAACCACCAAAAUAUGAGAGAUUUAUUAGACCCAUGGCAUUACGUUAUAAAAAAGCUCAUGUUACACAUCCAGAGCUGGGAGCCACUUUUUGUUUACCAAUCAUUGGUGUAAAGAAAAAUCCUCAAAGUCCUCUUUAUACUCAGUUGGGUGUACUUACUAAAGGUACCGUCAUUGAAGUUAAUGUUUCCGAAUUAGGUCUUGUUACAACUUCUGGUAAAGUUGUUUGGGGUAAAUAUGCACAAGUGACAAAUAAUCCCGAAAAUGAUGGGUGUGUUAAUGCAGUUUUGCUUGUUUAAGAAUUUGAAAUAAAAAUUUAUGAAUAUAAUCAAUAAUAUUAUAAUAAAUAAAUAAAUUUUUUAAUGUGUUUAAAUC